UUGUUCCUCGAGUAUAAAGCUUUUUCGCGCUUGAAAAAUGAUCCAAAAUGGAUACAUCUAAGCCAAGCAAAGCAAAAAAAAGCAAGCUCUAAGCUAAAAAAAGCAAGAAAAAGUCGCAGGCGCCUUGGUGCCCGGCAAUAUAAAAAUUAUUCAAAUGAAAUGCUUGAAAUAGCUGUAGAUCUUGUUAGAAAAAAACAGAUAUCAGCAAGAGAGGCGGCGCGACAAUUCGCGAUUCCUAAACAGACAAUAUUAAAUAAUAUAAACAAGUCUCAUACAAAGUCUGUCGGAUGUCCAACGCGAUUAUCUGAUGAAGAAGCCAAGUUUGUUAAAGUUUCAAUUUCUGCUGGGGAAUUCGGAUGCCCACUUUAA